AUGGGUAACGGCCAAGGAAAGCCCGUCGACCUCAACGGUGAAGUAAACCUAAAUCACUUCCGUUUGUUGCGAGUCGUCGGCCGAGGUGCCUUUGGAAAAGUGCGAAUUGUCGAGCGAAAGGACACGAACUUGUCUUUUGCUUUGAAAUAUAUCCGGAAAGAUGAAGUUGUACGAUCUGAGAGCGUGCGUAACAUCAUCCGCGAACGUCGAAUGCUGGAAUAUGUCAACCAUCCAUUCAUCUGUAACUUGAGAUACAGUUUCCAGGACAUCGAAUACAUGUAUUUGGUGGUCGACCUAAUGACUGGUGGAGAUUUGAGGUUCCAUAUUUCGAGAAAGACGUUUACCGAAGAGGCUGUUAGAUUUUGGAUCGCCGAGCUCGGAUGUGCUCUUCGAUACGUGCACGCUCAGAACAUCAUCCACCGCGAUAUCAAGCCCGACAACGUUCUGCUUGAUGCUGAUGGCCACGUUCAUUUAACUGACUUUAAUGUCGCAUCCGAUGUCGUUCCAGGCAGAACACUCACAAGCAAGUCUGGCACAUUAGCCUAUCUCGCCCCCGAAGUGUACGCUGGUAAGGGAUACGACGUGCGAGCAGAUUGGUGGUCUUUGGGUGUCUUGUUCUACGAAUGUAUCUACAACAAGCGACCUUUCGAAGGUGGUUCUGAAGGAUCUCUUAGCCAACAGAUUCAGGCCGCUUCUCCCAAGUACCCUGUGACGCAACCGCCUGUUUCCCUCUCUUGCCUAUACUCGAUCGGCUCCGCUCUCGACCCAAACCGCGAAACUCGAAUGGGAUCAACAUGGGAGAGUUUUAUCUAUAAUGAAUUCUUCAAGUGUUACGACUUUGAGCUUCUCGAAGCGAAACGAAUCGAGCCUGUUUUUGUCCCAUCCUCCGAGAAGACGAAUUUCGAUGCCACAUACGAUCUCGAAGAGUUGUUGUUAGAAGAGGCUCCCCUCGAAGCCCGCGCAAGACGCCAGAAGCCACGAGAACGCCUAAAAGAUGACGCAACCGAGAAGGAGAUUCGAGAAGAUGAGCUAUACCGUAUGAUCGAGACAGAUUUCAGACCGUUCGACUAUACAGUUGCGGCCUAUAAACGAAUUACCGAGAGCGCUGGUGCCGGAGAAGGUGCCCCCGAUUCGGAGAACGCUCCCCAGGCCAUCACAACCGAUGAAGCGACACCUGUGCCUGCAGCCAAUGGCGGCUAUCAGUCAUCGCCUCUUAACCCCAGUACCAGCAACGAAAGCCGAACAGGCCGCCCUGUACGUCCCGCUCCGCCAGUACCGCCGCUACAGAACGAUUUCCGAGCUCGCCAUGUCCCGAUUGUCGCCGGUCAGCGGAUGACAAGUCCAACAGGAGGAGUACAGGUAACUCUGGACGGUGGUGGUAGCUGGUCCGAAUUGGCUCGACAGGACGCUACUCUGCCCACAGACGCCAACAAUAUUGGUGAUGGCAAGGGCGAAGGCUCAGGUGGCAUGUUUGGAUUCCUCAAGAGCAAGAAGGGUCGAACAAACAGCCCCAAGCCAAAGGAAAGAGGUGUACUGGGCAAAGAAGGCGCAAGAGUUGUCAUCGGCUAG